CUGUCCGUCCGUCGUCGACUACGUGCUGUUUUUCUCUAGUGAAAUUUUAUUGUAAUUUGAUUUUUUCUCAUUUAAAGAUAUGGAUGUAAUAUUGACAGAUGCAGCAUAUAAGAAGGAAGAGAAGCUGUUCAUUAUUAAAAAGAAGAAGAAAGAGGAGCGACGUGAACCAAUAACUGUUUCUUAUCAAUUACGAGAUAUUAACACGGAAUUGGUGAAGGCAUGGCAAGAUAUAUUUGCACCUCAUGAAAAUGUUGUGGUUAGUGAAGGUGACAUAUUCAAAGAUGCUCCAGCUACAGACGCAAUAGUAUCACCAGCAAACAGUUUUGGAUUUAUGGAUGGUGGUAUAGAAUUAGCUUAUUCAAGACACUUUGGACUUCAACUAAUGAGUCGUUUACAAGAAACUAUUGAUAAUGAAAAAGAUGGAGAGUUAUUGGUGGUAAGUGUCGAUCAAUAUCUGGGAUAUAUUGCAUCACAUUCUACAGUUAAUGAUUUAGCAAUACCAAACUUAGCAUCGAAUCUUCCAAAAUAUAUUUUUAAUUAU